AUGCAUGAGUACCGGCUUACAGAGGAUUCGCCCGUAGCUGGACCGGCUGCUACAGACGUGGCACAUGCUGCAGCUGCGGAAAGAGACGAUGAAAUGACCAACCCAGACUCCAUAGGUCCGGGAGCUGCGGGUGCCGCAGGUGGUGCUGCUGAUGGUGGGCUAGGCAGCAGCAUCAACAGGAGCCCUAAGGGCAGCACUUUAGAACGGCAAACCAGCCGUGCUAGGAGGAUCAACUUGGCAUCCUGGGUGGUGGUGAGAGUAGUCAAGCGAAGCUCCUUGACGGCUGAGGAGCAAGCAGCUGUGACGCAGCAGGUGAUGGCAGCACAGCACGCGUUGGUAGCACAGCAAAGGAUGAUGGCAGAACAGCAGCAAGUGGGUGGGCCUUCUCUACAAGGUGCGAGUCCAUCGCUCUUAAUUCACCCGCUAGGGAGCGGAGCAGAGCAGCAGCAUGCAGGAGUCACUGCUGGGGAUAGAAACACAGGCUGGGCUAGUCGUGAAGGUGGUGCUAGCGGUUCUGCUGGUGCUGUGAAUCCAGGAAUCCAGGGUGGUGGAAUGGCAGGAAGCAACCUGGAAGGCCAGUGCUUUUGGGACGACUCAAAACACUGCUGGCAGCAGCAGCAGGCCGGCAGUGCAGCAAGGGGGGUCACUGACCCAGCCGCAACUCAGCCUGCCAUUACUGCAGCAUCUGUUGUUGCUCCAGCAGCAGCAGGGCAGCAAUGCAACAAUGCAGCUAGGUGUGUCGCCCCAUCAGCAGCAGCAGCAGCAGCAGCAGCAGCAGCAGCAGCAGCAGCAGCAGCAGCAGCAGCAGCAGCAGCAGCAGCAGCAGCAGCAGCAGCAGCAGCAGCAGCAGCAGCAGCAGCAGCAGCAGCAGCAGCAGCAGCAGAAGCAAAGCAGCAAUUCAGCAAUGCAGCAAGGGUUAUUGCCCCAGCAGCAGCAGAACAUCCCGGGAGUGCAGCAGGAGUUAGAGCAAGUCCUCAUUCACGACCCAUCAUUCAGGCAGCUGUUGCUUCAGGCAGAAUCUUCAGAGCCGCCUGCCAGCAGGGACGGUGA